CGAGGCGGGGAGGCGGCGGCGGCGGCGGCAGCAAAGCCGAGCGCCCAAGACGGAGUCCCCAUGGGGAACGCUCCGAGUCACAGCAGUGAAGACGAAGCGGCAGCCGCCGGGGGCGAAGCCUGGAGUCCGCAUCAGGACUGGGCCACGGACUCGGGCACGACCCUCGGCCCGGGCUCUGCGGCUCCCGUGCUGCCGCCCGCUGCGGCGCUGUUGGAACCGGCCCGACUGCGAGAAGCGGCGGCUGCGCUGCGGCCCGCGCCGCCCUGUGAAUCGCUGGUGUCCAGGCACCAAGGCACGCUGAUGCGCUGGCUGGAAGAGCGCCUGGGCCGCGGAGAGGAGUCCGUCACCCUGGAACAGUUCCGGGAGCUGCUGGAAGCUCGUGGCGCCUGCUGCUCGGGAGAGCAGUUCGAGGAGGCCUUUGCACAAUUUGAUGCCGAGGGCGAUGGCACAGUUGAUGCUGAGAACAUGCUGGAGGCUCUCAAGAAUUCCAGUGGAGCUAAUCUUCAGGGGGAGCUAAGUCACAUUAUCAGACAACUGCAAGCCUGCUCUCUUGUUCCAGGUUUCACAGACAUAUUUUCAGAGUCCAAGGAGGGUCUGAGUGCUCACUCUUCAAUGAUCCUUCGCUUCCUGCAUCGCAAUCGCAUCGCCAGCACAGUUAUCCCUUACCCGAUGCUGGACCACUGCAAUAAUAUGUGCACCAUGAGGUCUUCUGUUCUAAAGGACUCUCUGGAUCAACUUGUACAGAAAGAAAAGGAAAGCCCUGGAGAUUUAACACAGAGCCCAGAAAUGGAUAAACUCAAGUCAGUAGCAAAAUGUUAUGCUUAUGUAGAAACGUCCUCCAACCCUGGAGAUAUUGACAAGAUGACAAAUGGAGAAACGUCAUCCUACUGGCAGUCAGAUGGCAGUGCCCGCUCACACUGGAUUCGUUUGAAAAUGAAACCAGAUGUUGUGCUCAGGCACCUGUCCAUUGCUGUGGCAGCCACAGACCAGAGCUACAUGCCACAGCAGGUGACAGUAGCUGUAGGGAGGAAUACUUUUGAUCUUCAAGAAGUUCGAGAUGUGCACAUCCCCAGCAACAUUACCGGCUAUGUGACCCUGCUGGAAAAUGCCAACAUCAGUCAGCUCUAUGUCCAGAUCAACAUAAAACGGUGUCUUAGUGAUGGAUGCGAUACUAGAAUUCAUGGUCUGAGGGCUGUUGGCUAUCAGAGAGUCAAGAAGUCUGGAGUCUCGGUCUCUGAUGCUUCUGCAAUCUGGUACUGGUCUCUGCUGACAUCUCUGGUGACGGCCUCCAUAGAGACAAACCCCGCCUUUGUCCAGACUGUGCUGCAGAACACUCAGAAGGCCCUUCAGCACAUGCCUCCACUUUCCCUCUCACCAGGAUCUACAGAUUUCUCAACUUUUCUGUCUCCCAAUGUCCUGGAAGAAGUGGACAGCUUUCUCGUAAGGAUAACUAGCUGCUGUUCUACUCCAGAGGUGGAACUAACUCUUCUGGCCUUUGCACUUGCAAGAGGAAGUAUUGCUAAGGUGAUGAACUCUCUCUGUACCAUCACAGACCAUCUGGACACACAGUAUGAUGCCUCAUCCCUCAUCUCAUCCAUGGCGUCUGUUCGGCAGAACCUGCUCCUUAAAUAUGGUAAACCUCUCCAGCUGACUCUUCAGGCCUGUGAUGUCAAAGGAAAAGAAGAUAAGUCGGGACCUGAAAACCUCCUUGUUGAGCCGUGCACAAGGGAUGGUUUUCUUACAGAAACUGGGAAAACCAGAGCAAGUACUAUUUUUUCUUCAGGAACCGAAUCUGCCUUCCAAGUGACACAGAUCAGAGUUAUGGUUCGGCGUGGGGGCAUCGGUGCACAGUGUGGGCUAGUAUUUGCCUAUAACUCAUCUUCUGAUAAAUUUCAUGCUGAAGAACACUUCAAAAGAUUUGAAAAAUAUGACAAAUGGAAGCUAAAGGAGUUGAGGCAAUUUGUAAAAAGCAGGAUUGGUUCCUCAUCUGAUGACCUUGGAGAGGAUGAUCCUAUUGGCUGGUUUGAGCUGGAAGAAGAGUGGGAUGAAGCAGAUGUCAAACUGCAGCAGUGCAGAGUUGCUAAAUAUUUGAUGGUGAAGUUCCUGUGUACCCGUCAGGAAUCAGCAGAGCGCCUGGGAGUGCAAGGCCUGAGCAUCAGUGGGUACCUCCGGCCUGCCCCCGCUGAUGCCAAGAGGAACGACACCUGCACCCACUGCAGAAAGGACUCUGAGGAGAGCAUCUGCGGGGCCACACUUCUCCUCAAGACCCUUCAGUUCGUCCAGCAGCUCGCCCAUGACCUGGUACAGCAGAAGGAAAGUGGCUUAAAAUAUAAAUCUUUUCUGGAUUUUGCGGGCCUUGACUUGGAGAUCUUCUGGAAUUUCUACAAUAAAUUAAAACAAAAUCCGCGGGAAGAAUGCGUCUCUGCCCAAACCCUGCUCCUGCAGCUGCUCCAGAGCUGUUUCUCAGUGCUGCGGAGAGAUUCACCGGUUGUUUCUGAGGAGAAAAAGGCUCCAAAUCAGAGUGCCAAGGGGAAGGAGGCUGCCAAGGAGCUCUACACACACUUGUGUGACGUGGUGGACAGGGUCAAUGGAAAUUCUGCACCCAUGGAAGUAUUAAAACAAGAAGUCAAAAACACCCUUCUCAGUGGGGCUGCCAUCUUCUUUCCUGAUCGACAGACCCGGCGGAACCAUCUCUUCACCAUGAUGAAUGUCAACGAGCAGGAACACAAGCAGUCCCUGCAGCUCACUUUCCGCUCACUGUGCACAUAUUUUAGUGAUAAAGAUCCAGGUGGCCUUCUACUUUUACCUGAGAAAAGCGACGUGGCCGACAUGAGCAUCAGUGAAGUCCUGGCGGUCAUGAACACUCUCCUCUCUGUGGCCGCUCGAGAGUGUGAACUGCUGAUGCUCAGCGGUGCCCAAGGGGAGGUUGGCUCCGUGCUCUUCUCUCUGUUCUGGUCUGUCCAGGGCAGCCUGUUCUCCUGGUGCUACCUGCAACUCAAAGGCACAGACACCACAGCCAAAGACCUGGCAGUUGACCUGAUUGAAAAAUAUGUGCAGCAGUUUCUAUCAAGGAUGAGGAUGAUUUUGGAAUCUCUCUUGUCACAGUACAGUGGGAAAACUGUAGUAGAAAAAUUAUGUAAUUCUGUAUUUUCAAUGGCAGCCCGUCAACUGGUCAUCUUCCUGCUGGACUUCUACACUUUGGACAUUGCACACUGCGCGCUCCUGAGAGAGUUCAGCACUCUGACAGAAUUGCUAAAGAAGCUUUGCGGAGACCCUGAUGGGGGACUGAAUAAGCUGGAUGUUGAGACUUGGCAACAGGAACAGCCUGUGGUGUUGCAUACAUGGACUAAGGAAUCUGCCCAUAACUAUGAAAAUAAUUGCCAUGAAGUAUCUCUCUUCGUUAGCCCAGGGGCAACUUAUUUUGAGGUGGAAUUUGAUGAGAGGUGUGAGACUGAAAAAAGGUAUGAUUAUCUGGAAUUUACCGAUGCUAGAGGUGGGAAAAUACGCUACGACACAAAAGUGGGCACUGAGAAAUGGCCCAAGAAAGUGACCUUUAAGGCAGGUCCUCGACUCCAGUUCCUCUUUCACUCUGACAGCAGUAACAAUGAAUGGGGCUACAAAUUCACAGUCACCGCCUAUGGGCUGCCGGAUGUUGCCGUGUCCUGGGGACUGGAUUUGCAACUUCUUGUCUCCCGACUGAUGGGACGCCUUGCUUCACAGUGUAUGGGGCUCAAGUCUGCUCAUCAGUUAGGAAGUAAUAUGGCAGUACCUCAGGCAAAAAUGGGAUUAGUCCUAAACUCUCCCUUGUGGAAACCUGUCUUCAGUCAUCAGAUCUGUCCAGAGUUGGAAUUGGAAGCACACAGGCCCACUCACCCAUGCCAGGAUCAUAAGGAGGUUAAGAACAUUCCUGACAAUCCCUGCCGCGAUUUUCUUCUUGAUUUUGCACAGUCAGAUCCUGCUCAGAACUUCUGUGGGCCAUAUUCAGAACUUUUCAAAGGACUCAUACAGGCAUGUAGAAAGCAGGCCCCAAAGACAGAUAUAGUUGCUGGUUCUACUAUUGAUCAAGCUGUGAACGCCACCUUUGCCGCUCUGGUAUAUCGCACUCCAGACUUAUAUGAGAAGCUACGAAAAUAUGUAAACAGUGGGGGCAAGACAGCCCUGAGUGAGGAGUUUGCACAGGUGUACUCCUUGGCUGAUGGGAUUAGAAUAUGGAUGUUAGAGAUGAAGCAGAAGUCCUUGAUGGGGCUGGGCAACGAGACAGAAGAAAAACAGGAUUCAGAAGCCAGCGAGACAAACCCUGAAAACUUGUCAAAAGAGUGUAUUCAGAAGAGUCUUCUGUUACUAAGAUUUUUGCCCGUGGCUGUAAAUUCAAAAGAAAGUUGUAACAAGUUGGUGACUGCAGAUGAAACCGAUUCUCUCCAGCCACUUGACAGACGCCAGAGGACAAGCUCUGUGGUGGAAGAGCACUUCCAAGCAUCAGCAUCCCCCACAGAAGCAGCUCCCGCCACCGCGGCAGUUGACAGGAGGCCUGGCCUAGACGUCCAGCCGAAGUUGAUGCCCAGUAGUAGCCCUUCCGCUUCUGAGGGGUCCUCAUCCUCUGCUGCAGCCGAAGAGCCCUCAUCACCCUCCACACCCACGCGACGGCCUCCCUUCACCCGAGGGCGACUCCGGCUGCUCUCCUUCAGAUCCAUGGAGGAGGCCAAACCAGUGCCUACAAUAAAAGAGAAGUAUCCUGUGCUGAGAGAUGUCAUGGACUUCAUCAAGGACCAGUCACUGUCACAUGAGAGUGUUUUAAAGGUUCUUUCCUUAAAGAAAGUCCAAGCGCAGAGCAUCCUUGAAGUGCUGAGGAUAAUCCAACAUUGUGCUGAAUCCCUUGGACAGCCUCAUUGCUUCCAUCCACCUUUUAUACUUUUCCUGUUAGAACUCCUCGCCUGCCAGAAAGAGUUUACCAAUUAUUUUGGACACUUGGAAGGCUGUGGUACAGAACUACACAAAGAAAUUCGAGAAACUUACUAUCAACUUGUUCUGUUUUUGGUCAGAGCUGUUAAAGGAUUUAGUAGCAUAAAUGACAGAUCCUUGCUGCCUGCCUUAUCCUGUGUUCAGACUGCACUGCUUCAUCUCCUGGAUAUGGGUUGGGAACCCAAUGAUCUUUCCUUCUUUGUCGAUAUUCAGUUACCAGAUCUCCUAAUGAGCAUGUCACAAGAAAACAUAAGCAUCCAUGAUAGUGUGAUCAGCCAAUGGAGUGAAGAAGAUGAGCUUGCUGAUGCCAAGCAGAAUUCAGAAUGGAUGGAUGAGUGUCAGGAUGGCAUGUUUGAAGCCUGGUAUGAAAAAAUAGCCCAGGAAGAUCCAAAGAAGCAGAGGAAAAUGCACAUGUUUAUUGCUCGUUACUGCGACCUAUUGAAUGUGGACAUUUCCUGUGAUGGCUGUGAUGAAAUCGCCCCCUGGCACCGCUAUCGCUGUCUGCAGUGCAGUGACAUGGACCUCUGCAAAACCUGCUUCCUCGGUGGAGUGAAGCCUGAGGGCCAUGGGGAUGACCAUGAAAUGGUAAACAUGGAGUUUGCCUGUGACCACUGCCAAGGUCUGAUCAUAGGCAGGAGGAUGAAUUGCAAUGUGUGUGACGACUUUGAUCUUUGCUAUGGAUGCUAUGCAGCAAAGAAAUACUCAUAUGGCCAUUUGCCCACCCACAGCAUCACAGCCCACCCGAUGGUGACCAUUCGGAUCAGCGACCGGCAGCGACUCAUCCAGCCCUACAUCCAUAAUUACUCCUGGCUGCUCUUUGCUGCCCUGGCACUCUACAGUGCCCACCUGGCUAGUACCGAGGACGUGGAUGGGGAGAAGCUGGACCCUCAGGCCCACAGCAGCGCCAUCACCCUGCGGAGCCAGUGCACGCAGCUCAUCGGGGACUGCCUGAUGAAGGCGCACCAGGGAAAAGGUCUGAAAGCUCUGGCGCUUCUUGGUGUAUUGCCAGAUGGUGAAUCUACCCCAGAUCACCAGUCCCUGCCCGGCCCACUGCCCACCUGCACAUCAGGGAAGCAGCUGGAGAAGAAGGUUGUCCAGGAUGCUGAGGAGCCCCCAGAGGCAGGCCCUUUUGUGCACUGCAAUGGAAAGGAAGCUGCUCAUAAGGAAGUCAGACCUGGAGACUGCAACAAGACAAAGAAGGCAGAUGACAGCGUAUCAUUAAUGAAGGAUCCUUCACGGCAGACCCAGACUUCAGACUCGCCUGCAAAUACUAGUGCUCCUUCAGGACCUCCUGAUGUUGAAAAUUCAGAAGGAGUGUCUCAGAAACCAGUAGAAGAAAAGGUGGUGACUCCAAGCCCUGAGCAGGUGUUCGCUGAGUGCUCCCAGAAGAGGAUAUUAGGACUCCUGGCAGCCAUGUUACCUCCGUUAAAGUCGGGUCCCACGGUGCCCCUCAUAGACCUGGAGCACGUCCUCCCACUCAUGUUCCAGGUCAUCAUUUCCAACGCAGGCCACCUGAAUGAAACGUACCACCUCACACUUGGCCUUCUGGGCCAGUUAAUAGUCCGCCUUUUGCCAGCAGAGGUAGAUGCUGCCGUGAUGAAGGUCCUCUCGGCCAAACACAACCUGUUUGCCUCCGGAGACAGUGCUGUGCCAGAUGGCUGGAAGACCACCCACCUGCUCUUCAGCCUGGGAGCUGUGUGCUUGGACAGCCGGGUGGGCUUAGACUGGGCGUGCUCCAUGGCCGAGAUCCUGCGGUCACUCAACAGCGCCCCACUGUGGCGUGACGUCAUCACCACCUUCACUGACCACUGCAUCAAACAGCUGCCUUUCCAGCUGAAGCACACCAACAUCUUCACCCUGCUGGUUUUGGUCGGCUUCCCUCAGGUCCUCUGUGUGGGAACCCCCUGUGUCUAUAUGGAUAAUGCCAAUGAACCCCAUAACGUGAUCAUCCUGAAACACUUCACGGAGAAGAACAGGGCUGUGAUCGUCGAUGUCAAAACUCGGAAAAGAAAAACAGUGAAGGACUAUCAGCUGGUCCAGAAAGGAGGGGGACAGGAAUGCAGGGAUUCUCAGGCCCAGCUGAGCCAGUACUCCAGGCACUUCGCCUUAAUCGCCAGUCACCUUCUGCAAACCAGCAUGGACAGCCAUUGUCCCGAGGCUGUGGAAGCCACUUGGGUCCUGUCCUUGGCCCUCAAAGGACUGUAUAAAACACUAAAGGCUCACGGUUUUGAAGAGACCCAGGCUACUUUUCUUCAGACUGAUCUGCUGAAGCUGCUGGUGAAAAAGUGCAGCAAAGGGACUGGCUUCAGUAAAACGUGGCUCCUUCGGGACCUGGAAAUUCUAUCCAUCAUGCUAUACUCCUCAAAAAAGGAAAUCAACACUUUGACAGACCAUGGAGACCUGGAACUAGAUGAGCGAGGAGACCAAGAGGAUGAGGUGGAGCGGUCAGCCAGCAGCCCCAGUGAAAUGGAGCAGAAGAAGCUGGACCCUCUAGAAAGCCUGGAUGAACCCACCAGAAUAUGCUUCUUGAUGGCGCAUGAUGCCCUCAAUGCUCCUCUGCACGUUCUCCGGGCCAUAUAUGAGCUACAGAUGAAAAGAACCGAUUCUUUCUUCCUGGAAGUCCAGAAGAGGUUUGAUGGAGAUGAGCUCACCACAGAUGAGAGGAUUCGGACCCUGGCUCAGAAGUGGCAGCCCAGUAAGAGUCUGAGACUGGACGAGCAGAGCGCGAAAGCUGUGGACACAGACAUGAUUAUCUUGCCAUGCUUGUCUCGGCCCGCAUGCUGUAAGCAGGCCACUGCCGAGUCCAAUCCCGUGACCCAGAAGCUGAUCUCCAGCACAGAGAGUGAACUGCAGCAGAGCUACGCCAAGCAGCGCCGGAGCAAGAGCGCCGCCCUCUUGCACAAAGAGUUGAACUGCAAGACUAAGAGAGCCGUUCGUGACUACCUCUUCCGAGUGAAUGAGGCCACGGCUGUCCUGUACGCCCGCCAUGUGCUUGCAUCCCUGCUUGCUGAGUGGCCUGGGCACGUCCCAGUGAGUGAAGACAUCCUGGAGCUAAGUGGCCCUGCCCACAUGACCUACAUUCUGGAUAUGUUCAUGCAGCUGGAAGAAAAACAACAGUGGGAGAAGAUCCUGCAGAAAGUGCUCCGAGGCUGCCGAGAGAACAUGCUGGGGACCAUGGCCCUGGCUGCCUGCCAGUUCAUGGAGGAGCCAGGAAUGGAGAUGCAAGUCAGAGAGUCGAAACACCCGUAUAACAACAAUACCAACUUCGAGGACAAAGUUAACAUUCCUGGUGCAAUCUACCUCUCAAUCAAAUUCGAUUCUCGGUGCAAUACUGAGGAGGGCUGUGACGAGUUGGCCAUGUCUAGCAGCAGUGACUUCCAGCAGGAUCGGCACAAUUUCAGUGGGUCCCAACAGAAGUGGAAAGAUUUUGAGCUUCCAGGAGACACUCUGUAUUACCGGUUCACCUCUGACAUGAGCAACACCGAGUGGGGCUACAAGUUCACUGUGACAGCUGGACACCUGGGGCGUUUCCAGACAGGAUUCGAGAUUUUGAAGCAGAUGUUGUCAGAAGAAAGAGUUAUACCACACCUCCCAUUGGCCAAAAUCUGGGAGUGGCUGGUGGGCGUGGCCUGCCGCCAGACUGGUCAUCAGAGGUUAAAAGCCAUCCACUUACUCUUAAAGAUUGUGCGAUGCUGUUCCCACAGUGACCUCUGCGACCUUGCGCUCUUAAAGCCCCUGUGGAAGCUCUUCACGCACAUGGAGUACAGCCUGUUUGAGGACAUGACGCAGCCAGGCAUCCUCCUCCCCCUGCACCGGGCCCUCACGGAGCUCUUCUUCGUCACUGAGAACCGUGCCCAGGAGUUUGGCUUGCUUCAGGAGUACCUGCUGGCCUUAACCACCGACGACCACCUUCUCCGCUGUGCAGCACAGGCUCUGCAGAACAUUGCUGCUAUCAGCCUGGCCAUCAACUACCCGAACAAGGCCACCCUCCUGUGGAAUGUUGAAUGCUAG